GAACACGGAAAACCUUAAUCGGAGGAUUAAAUUAGUCGUGGAUGUAAUAAUGAACGGCUACUAAAUUAAAUUGCUACCAGUCGAUUCGCUUCCGAUGUGACCCGCGAGAACACAUUCCCGAGUGGUCGAGCUUCGUCAUCAGUGUCGCGAAACUUCUUUGUUUGUCGCUCUCCGACACGCCACCGCAGGAAAUACGCUAUUAAACUCGUUCAUGGUAGUUUUAAGACGUUACUAUAUGCUUAAAAGUGUACUUGUAAAGUACUAAAGAAAAGUAUUUUGAUCAUACUAAUCGAAAAGUUCGUUUUUUUUAGCCCGAAACUAUAAUGACGGUGUUUCUGGAGAAGUUUGUUGUCAUCACGUGAUAGGCCACUAUAGUUUCACAUAAGCGUUUCUUAACCUUCAGGUGUUCAAAGAUUCAACUCAAAGAAUAAUAAUAAUAAUUAUUAUAAUAAUGCCUCAGCCUAAAUACAGGAAGAUUGCUGUAUUGGGAUACCGUUCAGUCGGAAAAUCCUCUCUUACAAUACAGUUUGUAGAAGGACAGUUUGUAGAUUCCUACGACCCUACCAUUGAAAACACUUUUAAUAAAAUGGUGUCCAUCAAUGGCCAGGACUUCAAUCUCCAGUUAGUUGACACUGCUGGGCAGGAUGAGUAUUCCAUCUUUCCUCAAUCUCAUUCUAUGGAUAUUCAUGGCUACGUUUUGGUGUACUCAGUCACUUCAAUGAAAAGUUUUGAAGUUGUGCAGGUUCUACAUGACAAGCUUCUUGAUAUGGUUGGAAAGAUACAGGUACCUACUGUACUAGUUGGGAACAAAAAAGAUCUUCACAUGGAAAGAGUGAUUAAACCAGAAGAAGGCAAGAAAUUAGCAGACUCUUGGGGUGCUGCUUUUAUGGAGUCAUCUGCUAAAGAAAACCAGACCGCUGUAGAGGUUUUCAAGCGGAUUAUUCUGGAAAUGGAAAAAGUAGAUGGAAAUGCCCCAUCUGAGGAAAAGAAGUGUGCUGUGAUGUAAAACAUGCAGUGAACUUAUUGGCCGAAGUCAGAUGACAACAUCACCACCCGAUGCCAUGCAAUGAAUUCUGAUGGAUCAGCAGUUUAGUAACAGACCUUAUCCUCCUGAACAGUCACAUGCUCUUCAAGAUUAAUUUCAACAACAAAAAAUAUUCCAAAAAUCAAAUAUUGUCAGUAUUGUGAAUUAAAUAUAAAUGCUGCUUUGCGUUUUAAGGUUAAAAUACUGUCAAAUGUCACUGUAUGACUUAAAAAAAAAAAAAAAAAAUCCCAUCUCAGUUACCUUCAACCUUAAAGGAAUAGUUCACUCAAAAAUAAAAAUUCCCUCAUCAUUUACUCACCCUCAUGUUGUCUCAAACUCAUAUGACAUUCUCUCUUCUGCUAAGCACAUAUCUUGACAUUUUGAAAGAUGUAUGUGGUAUUUUUGCCAAUGGAACAUAGUCCACACAACUCGAGUGGUUUAAUCCAUGUCUUCUGAAGUGAGACAACCACUUUGGGUGAGAAACAGACAAACAUUUCUUUUUUUUUUUCUUUUUUUUGGGGGGGGGAUUUUUCCCCUUUUUCUUCCAAUUUGGAAUGCCCAAUUCCCGAUGCGCUCUAAGUCCUCGUGGUCGCAUAGUGAUUCGCCUCAGUCUGGGUGGCGGAGGACGAAUUCCAGUUGCCUCCGUGUCUGAGACGGUAAACCCGCGCAUCUUAUCACGUGGCUCGUUGAGCGCGUUGCCACGGAGACAUAGCGCAUGUGGAGGCUUCAUGCCAUCCACCGCGGCAACCACGCUCAAUUCACCAUGCGCCCCACCGAGAACAAACCACAUUAUAGCGACCACGAGGAGGUUACCCAAUGUGACUCUUCCCUCCCUAGCAACCGGGCCAAUUUGGUUGCUUAGGAGACAUGGCUGGAGUCACUCGGCACGCCCUGGGAUUCGAACUAGCGAACUCCAGGGGUGGUAGCCAACAGACAAACAUUUCUAAGGACCAUAUAAGAAUAUAAGUCUUAAAAUUCACAGUCUCCUUGGCCCAGCUGAGAGAAGCUCGUUGACACACUUUCUUGCGCUUGACGCAUACAGAGAGCGCUGUACACAAACCAGACACAACGUUACCAGGUUAGAUGUUUCCACACUCAGGCGCAAGAUGAAAUGCUUGUCUCGGGUCGUUUUAGGGAUGUUUUAGCCUGUAUUCCAAAUGAGCCGUAUGUCAAGAUGUGACAAAGCGAUCGUAUCGCUUCAGAAGACAUGGAUCAAACCACUCGAGUCUUAGAGUUUUGUUUUGGACCUCACUGACUUGCAUUGUAUGGACAAAACACCUCAUACAUCUUUAUAAAUAUAUUUGUGUUCUGCAGAAGAAAGAAUGUCAUACAAGUUUUGACGGCAUGAGGGUGAGAAAAUGAUCAUUUUUGGAUGAACUAUCCCUUUAACAUGUUGACACAUUUAAUGAUUAAUCUUACUGGUACUUACCUGUAAACAUCACCUACUUUCUCAGAUUAAUUCUGGACUUCAGCCAGUACACAAGCUUAUCAUCUUUCUUUUUUUUUAGCUUGUCCUCUUCCAAAAUCUUACUCAUCUUCUCUUCAGGAACCAUCUGGAUAAAAUGUGAUUCAAUAGUCCAUGUAAAUUAAGUUUAUUUAGAUGCUGUCAUAAAAUCCAGUACAUUUGACAUAGCACUAUACACAACAUUCCCCUUUAGUGGAGUGUGUGAACAAUGUGUAUAUGUACUGCAUGGUGAUGUAAACAGCACCUUUAAGAGUGUUUUUUACACUGCUGAGUGCCUACAAGAACUGUAUUCCUGUGAACCCCUCUUCAGUACAAUGUCAUUAUCAGGUCUUUACAACUUUAAAGCUUUGUGAGAUUCAGCCGUUUUUAAUUUACUGGAAUUGUUUUGCUUUGAUGGAUCUGAAAAUAACCUGGUUAUCCUAUAAUGGAGCCCCGUCCUCCUCCACUAGUAUUCAAAUCUCUUUCAGGUUUACCUUUACUCACUAUUUGAAAAUGUUCAUGAAAUAAGUAUUUGUAUGUGUCACCUUUGAUGGCAUAUAGUCUGAUACUUUAUAGGCAAAGGACCAGUUAAUUAAUGAUGAAUAACUUUUCCCUAUGGAGCUGCAUAUGAGCUUGAUUUUCAUUUAAAAGCAGUGCCACAAACAAUAUCUCUGACUAAUAGUGAUAAUACAUAGGCAACUGAAAGUGUUCCCUUUUAAUAUCUUUAAUUAACCUCCCUGCUUUCUAUUUAGUUACCCCUUAAAAGUAAUAGAUGCAUCAAUAGCAACAUGACAGAAAUACCCUCCAGGGAUUUCCUGCCCCAUACUAUAUCGAGUCAGCAGCACUACUGAAGUCCAAGGGUCCUUGCAUCCUGCCAGGCUUUUCAUGUUUAACAGUUUUGCAACCAUCAUCAGUUUUUAGGGACUUCUGUAUAUGGAAUUUUUCUUUUAUGGAAAAAAAAAUAAACAUUCAUAAAAGUGUUAA